AGUUGCUUCUCGGGUAGAAGGUGUAGUGAUCCACGGAAUUGCCACUAAAUAGCCUGCUAGUUGUUCAGUGGAGUUUAACAUGGAAAGUAAAUUUGACUUAACUAACGACGUAAGUCGUACACCGAGGCAUGGCCGGUGGGAUGGGAAUGGGAACAGUAUGUGGCCAUCUACCGAAGAGCCCUCGGCAGAUAAAACAGUUUUCUCACCGUACCAUGACUACUUGGGGCUUGCCCAGUUGGUGUCCAGGAUUUGUAGCAAGUCAGAGUCUGAGACCGAGUGCUGCGGCCCUGCUUCUGCACAGCGUCACGGCUGCAGCCGUGUCACCCCCCAGGCCAUGGCUGAUGAAGAUGACAUCUUGAGCGAUUUCCGCAACAAUGGCCGUGACAGCCUGUGGCCAUACGCGCCGGUGGAUGUGGCCCUGGUGGAUGACACGCAGAGGGGGCUGCGCCCAGCAGGCCGCCUGCUCACCGGCAAGCCACGCUGCACUCCCACAUGGUGCGUUUUCUGUAAGAACAACGGGGAGAGCGAGAUGGUGUACGCAUCGCACGUCCUGAAGGAUGGGGACGGGAAAAUCACAUGCCCAAUUCUUCGGGCGUACACUUGCCCGUUGUGCGGGGCCAGCGGGGACUUCUCGCACACUAUUAAAUACUGCCCAACCACUAAGGGGGAGAUUCCCCCUGCACCCCUCAAAACAGCACGUACAUCCACAGGCAGAAAACGCACCCAAACACAGUCCAGUCAGACCACCAUGAGUGAACUCUUUAUGUAAUUAUAAAGAUAUCGUGUUCACUCGUGAAAAUUGUUCACUGUUUUUGCUUGGUGGAAGUGAAGUGUCGUGAAUGACAAGUAAUGGUCAGAGUUAUGUCAAAAACCUUAAAUUCCUGAACCUCAUUUAGUCCGAGUCACAAUGGACCUUUUUGGUUGGCCUUACUUGCACAUCAGAUGAAAUAACCUGUUUCACUUCUUUCUUUUUCUUUUUUUGGUGAAAAGGAACUUUUGCAAAACAUGGCACAGGUGAAUGUUUUAAGAGGUACAAAAUUAAAAUGGGACCUGAGCAAUUUUUUUAUGAACGUUUUAAUCCUUUCAAGUGUAAAGUGCACUUGCCGAAACUUUGUAGAUGCUGUUUCUUUGUUUUCAUUUCAUAUGUCUUUUUAAGGCUGUCGAACGUGAAUGAAUGACUGAUUUCAAGUUUUACAUUUGAAAUGCUUUUCUCCUUGGGUUUUGAAACCGCUAAAUUACCUUGUAUUGUUGCAAACAUUUCUUAAGUCAAUAUCGAACUUGUUUACAGUUGCAGAAAUUAGAAUUUACAAGUACAUAUUUUGUACAGUGAUUUUUAAAGCUUGUGCUUUUUUGGCCAACUUUACUUUUUAUGCGGGGCAGGAAGAAUGUCGGGAAAAGUGCAGCACCGUAUUUCUUUUGUUUUUUUCAAAAGUGUGCCGUGAACCACAGGGUAUGUACUCCAUAUUCUUGUCAUAGCAAAUUUUGAAGAUGAAUGAGCUGUGUUUCAUGGUAAUUCAAGCAGAUUACUUUAUUAGAAUUGUGUUGCAUUUCUCUUCUGUUCAAGCUUUUGUCGCACAUGAUUUUGUUGUGCUGUGUUUGAAACCUCUUUAAACCAUAAGGCAUUUGAUUUGCAGAAAUAGGUUUUUUAAGUCAGUGUUUUAAAUUAGAAGAAAUCAAAGAAUUGUAAACUGCUACUGAAGGUUUUUAAAACUUGUGGCAGUAAGGCCACCAAAUUAAGAAAAAUUGAAACAUUUGAUUCAUGUAAAUAAGUUGUUUUUCAUUAGCUUAUAGUGUGUACAAAAGUAGAAAUUUUAAAAUCAGUUCCAGUAUUGUGUUCUUUUAGUAUUGAUAAAACUCAGAUUAUCAAGAAUUUUUACCAUAAACGUAACUACACACUGCAUUUAUCAAUUCCAAUUUUUGGAUUUUUUUAUUUCGAAAUAUUGAUAUUUAUGUAUCAGUAUGUAUGCAUAUUUCUUAACCAGAAUGUAUUCACCUAAGUGGCCUGGUGUUGCAAAUCACAGGAAUAUUGAAAUUUUAUUUUGUGAAAUUUCAUAAAUUGUACAAUUCAUCAUAACUGCGGAGGGAAAGCUUUGAAUUUGUGUUGUUGUUUUUUGUUACAUUGAAAUUGGUGGAAUAAACGAAAUGACAAGAUUUCAAGACGGAUUUA